UUUGUGUAAAACUCCAAAACAUUCAACAUUCCAUUUCCAAUUCCAAUAUCCCAAAGAUAUAGCAAUGGGAAAUUGUAGUCCUUAUAAUUCCAAAAAACUAACCAAGACCCUCUUACCAAUUCUUCUUCUUCUGUUAUUAUCCACAAUCUCCCAAGCACAAGGCAACACAAAUUCCAACUACAUCAAAUCCAAAUGCAACAUCACAACAUACCCUUCACUUUGCCUAAAAACCCUUCUCCCAUAUGCCUCUUAUGUCCAAACAAACCCCAUCAAGCUAUGUGACACUGCCCUUGACAUAGCCAUAGAUAGCGCGAAAAACACUUCUCACAUGGUAUCAGAGCUUGGAAAAAAUAAAGGGAUAACUAAAUACGAGACGGCUGCUAUUAAAGAUUGUAUUGGUGACUUGAAAGAUGCAGUGUAUGAGUUGAAAGAAACACUUGGUGCUAUGAAUCAUCUUAAUGAUACAGACAAAGAUUUUCAAUGGGAUAAUGCCAAGACUUAUGCAAGUGCUGUUAUAAGUGAUGCAAAUUCUUGCUUGGAUGGUUUCUCUGAUAGGAAAGUAAAUCCUGAUGUCAAAGCUAAGAUUAGUGAUGCUAUUUCUUAUGUUACUAAACUUGCUAGUAAUGCUUUGGCUUUCAUAAAUCACCUUUAUUAAUAUAUAUAUUAACAUAUAUAUAUAUGUGUGUGUGUGUGUUGUAGAUGAACUUGUAUUUUAAUUUAAUUUGUUGCUUGAAACUUGAA